GAGGUGCGGCGCCCGGCACUGCGCCCCGGCUCUCCCCCCCAACCCCCAUUCCCCACCCUACAGUAGGGUGUGCGGCGGCCGCUGCUCGGUCGGACCGGCACGUGGGCGCCUCCGUCACACCCUCACUCACACACGCAUAUAUACACACACAAGCACCGGCACCGACACACACAAGCACACACAAACGCACGCACGCACACGCACUCACCGGCGCCUGCAUCUCCUGCCAGCUCCCCGGCAGACACGUAAGCAUUCGGGAGUCUCUGCCUCCGCGCGCCGUGCCCGAGAAGCGACCCCCGCGACUCCACCCGGCUCCCGGGCCCGCCCUGGGUGGCAGCUGCUGGGGUCCAGGGUGCCUUUCCGCGGCCUCCAUCCCCUCCCCCCGCGGCGGCAUCUGACCCGCGGGACUAACAGGCCCUCAGAGGCGUCGGAUCGGCGCCCCCCGAACGGUGCCUACAGAUUAUUGGACAAACAAUUUCAGGACCCAUAGACUUUAUCAUCUUAAAUCAAGGAUUUAUUUGAAACCCUCCUUGACCUUUACUUCUAAUCAAGUAACAGUUCUAAAAAGAAAUUGGCUCACUUGCUACAAGAGGAUUUAAAAAUACAAGCCAUUCUUCCCAAUGCCUAAAAAUAGCAAGGUGGUUAAAAGAGAAUUAGAUGAUGAGGUUAUCGAAUCUGUCAAAGAUCUUCUUUCCAAUGAAGACUCAGCAGAUAAUGCUUUUAAGAAGAGUGAACUCAUUGUUGAUGCCCAAGAAGAAAAAGACACAGAUAUUGAAGAAGGAUCUGAAGUGGAAGAUGAAAGACCAGUUUGGAGCAGUAAGCUACAAUACAUCCUGGCCCAGGUUGGAUUUUCUGUAGGUUUAGGGAACGUAUGGCGAUUCCCCUACCUCUGUCAGAAGAAUGGGGGUGGUGCAUAUCUUUUGCCAUAUUUAAUACUGCUUCUGGUAAUAGGUAUACCCCUUUUUUUUUUGGAACUUUCUGUGGGUCAAAGAAUUCGGCGGGGAAGCAUUGAUGUAUGGAAUUACAUAAGCCCUAAACUGGGUGGAAUUGGAUAUGCAAGUUGUGUGGUGUGCCUUUUUGUGGCUCUCUACUACAAUGUCAUCAUUGGCUGGAGUUUGUUUUAUUUUUCUCAGUCUUUCCAGCAUCCUCUACCUUGGUAUCAGUGUCCUUUGGUGAAAAAUGCUUCAAACGCUUUUGUAGAGCCAGAAUGUGAAAAAAGUUCUGCUACCACCUAUUAUUGGUACAGAGAAGCCCUGAAUAUUUCCAGUUCCAUUUCUGAAAGUGGGGGCUUAAACUGGAAGAUGACCGUCUGCUUGCUGGCUGCCUGGGUCAUGGUUUGUUUGGCUAUGAUCAAAGGCAUUCAAUCAUCUGGAAAAGUCAUGUAUUUUAGUUCUGUGUUCCCAUACAUUGUACUUCUUUGCUUCCUAAUCAGAGCAUUACUUUUAAAUGGUUCGCUUGAUGGUAUUCGCCAUAUGUUUACCCCUAAGAUCGAAAUAAUGCUGGAACCCAAGGUGUGGAGAGAGGCUGCGACUCAGGUGUUCUAUGCCUUAGGUCUGGGAUUUGGUGGCGUCAUUGCCUUUUCAAGCUACAACAAGAGGGACAACAACUGCCACUUUGAUGCUGUCCUGGUGUCCUUCGUCAAUUUUUUCACUUCUGUUCUGGCAGCGCUGGUGGUAUUUGCAGUUCUGGGCUUCAAAGCGAAUGUCAUAAAUGAGAAAUGCAUUGUAGUAAACACGGAAAUGAUCAUGGAAUAUUUGAAAAUGGGCAAUAUUAGUCAGGAUAUUAUCCCCCAUCAUAUCAACCUUUCAGCUAUCACUGCAGAAGAUUAUCAUUUGGUUUAUGACAUUAUUCAGAAAGUGGAAGAAGAUGAGUUUCCUGCUCUUCAUCUCAAUUCCUGUCAUAUUGAAGAUGAGCUAAAUAAAGCUGUUCAGGGUACGGGCUUAGCUUUUAUUGCCUUUACAGAAGCUAUGACACAUUUCCCUGGAUCUCCCUUCUGGUCAGUGAUGUUCUUCCUCAUGCUAAUAAAUCUCGGGCUUGGCAGCAUGUUUGGUACAGUUGAAGGCAUCAUCACUCCAUUUGUGGACACCUUCAAAGUGAGGAAGGAAAUUUUUACUGUUGUCUAUUGUCUCCUGUCAUUUUCUAUUGGUCUGAUAUUUGUACAGCACUCUGGAAACUAUUUUGUUACUAUGUUUGAUGAUUAUUCUGCUACACUGCCUCUGCUCAUUGUCGUUAUUCUGGAGAACAUUACUAUAUCCUUUGUUUAUGGCAUAGAUAAGUUCAUGGAGGACCUAAAAGAUAUGCUGGGCUUUGUACCAAACAAAUAUUACUACUAUAUGUGGAAAUACAUUUCUCCUCUAGUGCUAUUAGCACUGCUAUUAUCUAGUGUUGUGAACAUGGGAUUAAGUCCCCCUGGGUAUAAUGCCUGGAUUGAAGAUAAGGCAGCUGAAGAGUUUCUGAGCUAUCCAGUAUGGGGAGUAGCUGUCUGUGUCUCUCUCAUAGUCCUGGCAAUACUCCCUGUCCCAGUGGUCUUCAUCGUUCGUCAUUGCAACUUGUUACAUAGUACUUCUGGUAAUUUAUCAUCUGUGACCUACAAGAGAGGCAGGGUUUUGAAGGAACCUGUCAACUUAGAGGGAGAUGAUGCUAGCCUCAUUCAUGGAAAGAUACCAAGUGAGAUGCCAUCUCCAAAUUUUGGUAAAAAUAUUUAUCGGAAGCAAAGUGGAUCACCAACCGUGGACACUGCUCCCAAUGGACGAUAUGGCAUAGGGUACCUGAUGGCAGAUAUGCCAGAUAUGCCAGAGUCAGAUUUGUAGCUGGUUGGGGACAUCAGUGGGUUUCGUUUGACUCAAGUUUAUCAAUGAACGUUGGCUCUACUAAUUGAAAUAAUAGGUUUCACUUAUCACAAAGUGAUCUCAGGUGUUCUAUGGCUGUGAUCUUUGACCCUAACUAUAUGUAAAUACAGCUCGAGUAUUCCUUUGGAUUCCUUGGUUUACAUUUGUGCAGACAGAAGUACAGGCAGAAUUUAUACUGACUGAGGUUCAUCCAGGCUUGCCAGAAAUUUAAAAAAUACUUCCAAUGGUUUUUCAAACCUUUCUAUGUCUUAAAAAACAAAACCAGGCAUUACCUCAGUUUUGAAUAAUUUUUGGAUGUAACAGUGUUGGCAAUUCAAAAAUGAUAUACUUAAAACUUUUAAAGGUUUGCCUCCAGGGUAAAUUCCCAGUAUUACAGUGCACAGUUCUGCAAGUUGGUGCCUGUCAGCAUAUUUCUAUGAACGUAUUGUAUAGAUGGGCUAUAGUUAUCUUGGUAGCAUUGAUACCUUCUUAAGAAAUCAGCUGAAGAAAUGGCAGGAUACUUCAUUAUGUGCUAGCUGUGUAGAGCAAUAGUAUUCAUAGGAAGGCGCUAAUUCUGAGCUGAGGUUAGAUUCAGGGGAGACAGGGGAUCAUAUGUGUGAUGACUGUACAUAUUGUGUAAAAUAGAUGAGUGAAAAUGAUCUAAGAUUGAGUUACUCAGCACUCUCAAGAAUCAUGCAGAGUCUGCAUUUUUCUAUGCCGUGUGCCUAAAACUUUACUUGAUAUUUAUUGUGGUUCCAAGAUUACUUACAGUAUUUUAUAUAAUAUACUUGUAAUGUAUAUAAAUAUAUAUGUAUGUCGGUACUCUAAGUACUGACGUAAAACUUGAAGCAGGAUGGUAUUUUACUUCAUAUCUUUCUCUUUUGCUUCUGUUUUAUGCAAAUAUAAAUCCUUUUUUAAGUGAUUGUAAAAUUGUAUGUCAUUACAUUUUAAGGCUAAAAAUAAAGAAAGCUAAAAAAUAAUGUUUGUUUUCCACCUUGC